GUCCUCUCUUCCCAUGUUAUUGAAAAUUGCUUUACACUCUCCAAUUGUGUUUACUGGAACUCUUCAAAAAUGCGGAGAUCUAAUGUUACAUCGGUCGACGGCCUUUCGAGUAGCGGUCCAGAUCACUCGGCAGACAACAUAGUAACAGCAGAGCUACCCACCGAAGAAAAGAUGUCCUUCAGGCCACAGCAACAAAACUCAAAUUCAUCCCAAUAUACUGACAACUACAAAUUCGAUGGUUUAACGGGAUGGAGACGGUUCCGAAUCUUGCGUCCUGGUCUAGGAAUGUAUUAUGAUAUUCGCCGUCGACUGCCAUAUUAUCGGAGCGAUAUUUCAGAUGCUGUAACUUACCGCACUGUUGCGAGUACUGUGCGAAUGUACUUUGUAAACCUUCUACCUGCCUUAGCCUACACGUUGGAUAUGAGCCGUCGAACUGGUGGUUUCUACGGAAUCAACGAAUCACUUUUUUCAUCCGCUCUCGCGGCAAUGGUGUUCAGUACUAUUGCCGCACAGCCUUUGACGAUCGUUGGCAUCACCGGUUUGAUCUCGUUGUUCAAUUACACCAUAUACGACAUCAUCAAGAUGUAUGAUGUCUCUGUAUAUCCCCAAUUUAUGGCUUGGACCGCCAUUUGGGCCGCAAUCUGGCAUUGGUUAGUUGCCAUCUGGAAUCUUUGUGAUUACAUGCGUUAUGUUACCGACUUCUCUAGCGAAGCCUUUGGCAUGUAUGUUGGUAUUAUCUACAUGAUUAAGGGAGUUGAGGAGCUUGUCAGCUUGUUCAAUUCAUACGGAAGUGUGGAUGGGUAUCUAAGCUGCAUUAUUGCAAUCCUCUAUUUUGGCACCGUUUAUACCUUAGAGAAGCUUGGUCGUGGAACGCUGGCAAAGCCAUGGGCUCGAGGAAUACUUGCUGACUAUGCAUAUCCUAUUGCUACUAUCUUCUGGGUUGGAUUUUCCCACAUUCCAGGAACAAUCAAAAGAGCAAAUAUCAGUGUCCUACCCGUUAGUCGCUCCUUCUAUCCAACGCAGCCUCGAAAUUGGCUUAUAGAUUUCUGGAAUCUUGAUGUGAAAUGGAUAUUUGCCGCUAUGCCAUUUGGGUUCCUGGUUAUGCUUCUAUUCUAUUACGAUCAUAAUGUUAGUAGUUUGACUGCACAAGCAAAGCAAUUUCCUCUUAAGAAGCCAGGCGGCUUUCACUGGGACUUUUUCCUGCUCGGCUGCACGACAUUUAUUGCAGGAAUUCUAGGCAUACCGCUUCCAAAUGGCCUCGUGCCACAAGCACCUGUACACACAGAAUCACUUACAGCCUACAAAACUGAAGUGAAGAUUGUUGCCACGGAAGAAGGCUCGGAUAACGAAAUCCGUCACCCAAUCGUCAGAGCCGCAAGUGUAGUUGAGCAGCGCGUUUCACAUUUUUUGAUGGGUCUUGGCAUAAUUGGUACCAUGACCGGACCCCUCCUAAUCGUGCUGCAUACGAUACCACGAGCACUAUCUAGCGGAGUAUUCUUUGUCGUCGGUUGGGGUUCGAUUGAGACCAACGGCAUAACGCAGAAGCUACUGUUUCUCUUCAGUGAACGCCGCUUCAUUGAGAAAGGAGAGCCUCUCCUUCGGGUCAAAAGGAGCAAAAUUUGGCUCUAUUUAAUGUGUCAAAUUGUCGGUGUAGCUGCCCCAGUAGCAAUCUCGCUGACUAUUGCUGCAAUCGGUUUUCCAAUUUUAGUCUGCAUUCUUAUCCCCUUCCGAUGGGCUAUUAUGCCACGAUUUUUUACUGUCGCAGAGCUCGAGGUUAUGGAUGAUCUGACAGCUAAUAACAAAGUCGUUCUUGCAAGUUUAGGCGGUGCACCGAAACUUCACAAGGAAUCAACGCCGGAAGAGUAUAGAUUAUAAGGAAAAUUUAGAGAUAGAAUGAGCGGGAUAUCAAGACGGAAGUAGGAGAGCUAUCAUUGUUAGGUUAUAAAUGAUGCAGAGAAGUGUGUGAGAGGUAGGGAACUUGAGAGGUUGGAGAGUGAAAGGAUCUGAACAAUUUCUUUCCAUUUUGUAUGAGAUCUGGAAUGAGAUUAGGAUAAGAUGAAAUUUGCUUUCGGACGGAAUUUUUCAAGAAGAUUAAAUUCUUGUAGUUUUUCAUUAUGAUCUUUUUUCAAAAUGAAAUAAAAAGAAAACUUCAUGUGGCGAAAUAGUUUAAACA